UAUCUACGCGCGCUGUGAUAUCCAUGUGUAACCGAUUCAGUGAUCGAUAUGGUGAAAUCGAUAGUGCUAGUGAUGUGCCCGUGAGAUGUUCUCCAAUUUCAAAUUACCGAUUCUGAAGAAGGGGACGAAGGAGGAGCCUGUAUAUUGCUACAGGAGCGUCAAGAGUAAACCUCCUAAAACGCCUACGCUGUCUCGAGUGAAACGACAUCAAAGACGUCGUUCGGAACCAGGCAUCGUUCCUUCGAUCGUGGGCUUCACCAAAGACUCCGUGGCCCAGGAGUCUGAUCGCCUAGCGCCUGGAGACAGGAUCUGCAGUGUCAACGGGAUAUCAACAGCAAGACUCACCAACGAUGAGGUCCUUAGACUUCUGGAUAAUGUCGAAGAGAGGGCGUCGUUGGAAGUGGAGUACUAUAUGCCUAAUUAUGCCUCUCAAAACUCACUGUACAUCACGACAAAGCUAGCAGAGGUGCCUGUUGAGAAGGUCAACGGCUCCCUCGGGAUUACUAUCAGAGGAGGCCUUCCAGAAAAUUCUGCUCCUACAGCGGAUUUGGUGCUCAACAGUAGGUCCUUAGACGCCCAGCCUUUGGUCGUAACUCAUGUGAGACCAGGGGGUGCAGCAUAUAAUACGUCGCGGAUAAAACCGGGUGAUAGGCUACUAAAAGUUGACCAUAUACCUCUCACGAACAAAACGUUAUCAGAUGUCCAUCAGAUUCUCCAAAACUGUCCACAAGUCACCAGUCUUACCAUAGAAUACGACGUAUCCAUAAUGGAAUCAGUGAAAUUAGCCACAGGACCCCUACUCAUAGAAAUAGAAAGACCUUGUAACGAGGAUUUAGGAUUAUUUUUGACCAAUCAGAGGUACUCUGAUGAAGUAUACAGUUCAGGUUCAGAGACGUACCAAAGAGUGGGAAGUUGCAAUGCUAUUUAUAUUGACAGUAUUUUACCGGCUAGUAUAAGUGACAGAUGUGGAGCGUUACACCCAGGGGAUCAGCUUUUAGCCUUCGAUGACCACGUGAUCGAAGGGAACAACUAUACUGCCGAGGAAGUGAUGUGUUAUUUGGAAAAUAGUGAAGGCGGCUUCACUAGAUUGCACGUGGCGCCGAGACACGUUAUAGGUCAAAUGGGGAGGUAUACAAGAGAAAACUCAAUAUCGGGUACAUCUACGUUGAAUGCUAAGAAACACAGGCAGAGGAACUACAGGCAAAGCUCGAUGCCGAAGCUAGGCUUACAGGACGAUUAUGAUAGUCAACAGAACUACAUGAGCAUGGGCGUGUGUCGGACGGAGUCUCUGAAUAUACAGCUGGAAGUGCCUCCUGGGCAGAGCAGUGGGCUGGCGGUCCACGAGGAGAACGCUAUGCUGGUAGUUUCACAUGUGGCGGCUCAGUCGCCUGCGUACAGAUCCGGCUGCCUCCAAACAAGGGAUCGGGUUAUGUCAAUCAAUGGCCACGAGAAUCUUACUGUAGAUGUUGCUAAUGAAAUUUUGCAAAGGAGAAACGAUUCGCACAGUCCAAAAUAUCUAACGCUGAAUGUUGAAUUUAGUAUGCCCAAUACGAUAGAAGCAUCUAGUGGAGUAUUUAAUGUCAAAUUAGCUAAGACUACAGCGGGGCUUGGUGUUACAAUUACAGGGUGCAAACAGAAACUUCUGAGUAAUGAAGAACCGAUGGUUAUAUCAGACAUAAAGCCAGGAUCAGUGGCUCAUCGUAGUGGGGCUUUGGCGCCUGGAGAUCAGCUUUUGGCCAUAAACGGACAACCUUUACAUAAUUUGUCUUUAGACACUGCUUUCAAUAUUCUUCAAAACUCACCAGACGAAAUUAUCACUUUGAAAAUUCGUAAGCGUGACAUAACGGAAGAUUGGUCAAAUACUCACAAGCAUAAUCCGAAAUUAGCAUUACAAAGCUUUAGUAAUAUAGAAAUAAAGGCAGUUGUACACAGCGGUGAAGAUUCUGGACACCACACAGAUAGUCCGAAUAAUAGUGCUAAGGAAAGUGAAAGGAGUCACGGUAGCAAUGAGAAUGGCAAUACGGCUGUUUUUACAGUGGAGUUAAUAAAGCAAGAGAAUGGUCCCUUGGGUCUGACAAUCGCUGGAAGCGAGGAUGUGACCCAACCUGUAUUAGUCAGCGGGCUUGUUGAAGGCGGCGUAGCGGAAAAGUGUGGUAAACUAGCGAUCGGUGACGAAUUACUAAGUAUUAACGGAGAAAGCGUGUUGAGCAAACCCUUGUCAGAGGCAAUCAAACUAUUACAGCAGAGCGGGCAGCGGGUACAACUUCAACUUUGCAGGAAAGUUACAGGUUCUAUUGAAAGUGCUGAAUGUAGCGCUAGAGAUUCCAGUCAUUCCACAUCAAGUCCAGGUCUUUCUAACGACAGUGCUGUUGAGUCCUGGGAUCAAAAUACUCCUGUUCGAACUAGCGCAAACUGUGUUUAUAUUAUAGGUAAUUCAGAAGUGAUCGAAUACGCUGUACCAGAUAAAACUCGAAUGACAGACAAACAACCAUACUCCCCAACAGAUGAAGAUAAAUUAAUGGCUUCAAACUUUAAUUCAGCUGCUCCGUACAGCGUUAACGACCUCCCUUUGCCAAAUUAUUCCUUAAAUAAUUCGCUAAAGACUUUCCACUACGAAAACACCUGCAUCAUUCCGGAGAAUACUUUGAAAAACAAACAAAAUAUAACGAGAGAAGAUGAUGUUCAACAAAUUGAAAUUUUGACGACUAACAUGAAGGAUUGUCAACUACAUAAUAUGGAACGAUCGUCAUGUAAAUGCGAUUAUGUUCAGAUGGGGCCGUAUGGGAUGGUUUCCCCUAAAAUAAGAAGGCCUAAUUGGGAUAACGAUUACUUAAAUAAUGGUAUUUACACUGUGACAACACCACAGAAGUCGCCACUUAAAUCUAAUAUGGCGGGGACGAGUUUUCAGUUUUCGACGAGUCCUAUUUACGAGAAUGAUGUUCCAGGCCUCUACAAUAGCGACGCAGUCUCUCCAGCACGCGGUUCAAUCCAUCACGUGAUUCUGUACAAAGAUGCCAUUUAUGAUGACUAUGGGUUCUCAGUAUCUGAUGGACUAUACGAAAGAGGAGUUUACAUCAACAGAAUCAGAAAAGGAGGUCCGGCCGAUAUAGUGGGUUUACUUAGGCCUUACGAUAGGAUACUGCAGGUGAAUGGUACACGAACUGUGGACUAUGACUGCUGUCUCACUGUCCCAUUGAUAGCAUCCGCCGGAGAAAGAUUGGAGAUAGUGGUUCAAAGGCUGGCUACUUCCAGAGACCUCAAAAACAGACUGGAUGACAACUCGAGCCCCAGUGACAGUAUAGUGACAAAGACCAUUUAGUGUAUAACCCGACUUUAAUGAAACUCAGCCAAAGACUAACAGUUUCGUUAAUAUUUAAAAAUAUUUAUAAAGUGUCAAAAAUUGGUACUUAAGGUGCGUUGUCUAAUGAAAACAUUAUUGUAAAUAAAUAAGAUAAUUUUUAAUUUUUAAAUCUUGAUGCUGGUACCACCAAUAAUAUUAAAUCAAAGUAUCAUGCAGUGCUUAAAUUUCAACCUGAUUAAUUAGUAAAAUGGUAGUGUAAUAAAUUUAUCACGUUACAAAGUAAUAUGUGCGAUUAAUCGGAACAAAAUUAUUUUAAGAAUUAAUUAUACAUUUUCUAUAUUAAGUACUUGUAACAAAUUAUGAGUGCAAUGUGGUAUCAGUAUUAUAGAAAUAAUAAUGGUGCAGAAAUUUAUAAAUAGAUUUUCGUAUAUAAAUGCUGAUGAUGAAAAUAAGGGGAAAUGCGUAAUUGUGAUGUGUGGUGUUAAAAUGGCAAUUGAGAUUUAAUAGUUAACAUGUUUUUGUAAAUUGAUUAUAGAGCUGCCAUUUAAAUGUAAAAUUAAAGUUAACUAAGUUAAUAAACUAAAACGUAUUUUUUUCCUAAAAUGAUAAGUGGUGGUUUAUUUAAGGAUAACUAACACCAAAAAAGAUCAACCAAAAAUUGUUACAUCUUACUUUACUAGGGAAGUUAGCGCCAAAGAUGAAAAAUAAAUAACAUUAGUAGGUACAUUAAUAAGUACAUUGUUAUGAUAAAUUUAGUUUUAUGUGAUGGUUUAGUAAAUCCCGAAACGUGCCUACAUGUAUGCAUAGAGUUAGAUGCUAAAUAGAAUUGAAUUAUUUUUUAGUUUUAAUUUUUAUGAAUGUAAGCACAAAUUGCCCUUGCAUUUGCCGUUUGUAAACCGAUAAGAAAUGAUUUGUCCAUACUUAAUAGGUUUGCAACUAUUCUGUUAAAAAAGUUAAGUUUAUACGUUAUUUAUAAACAACUUUUUGUAAAUGACAUUAUGUUAUUUACAAAAUUUCUUUUGAAAUCCUACAUUCUAAUAAUAAUAAUGUAAAAAGUCACAGAGAAACUAUCGCCCUUAUAACUUUGUAAAUUAGAAUCAGUUGAAUUCAGUGACCGCUUUUCGUUUGGGCGCGUGCCAGAAAUUGUUUCCCAAACUACCCACUUUCUUUAUUCCGCACAGUUUCGCUGUGUUUCGACUUAAAUGUGUAUUUAUGUUGAUCACUGCAAUAACAUCACACCAUGUCAAGUAUAACAAAAUUGCCUUUUUUUUUAUUUCUGUCUUUCUGAUAAUCGCGCAUUUAUGAAUGUUUUCUAUGAGGUGGACUUUAAUGUCUGAAGUCCGCUUCAAUAGAAUACAAAUGAUGCAAUGAGAAUUUUUCACGUGUAAAUUAGUAGUGUUAUUGUCCUUUAUUCGCAUACUUUAGUAUUUAUUAUCAAGAACAUAAAUAUAUAAGCAUAUAAAUAAUAAAUAAACAUAAUUUAGUAAUUUACCGUUGUUGAAAUCAGACUGAUAGCAGAUUUAAAUAGCUUAGAUGUACAAUUUUGAGUAAUUAGUUUUUCUCAUCAAAGUAUAUAAUUAACCUCUUAUAAAGUAUUCUGAAGAACAAAAUAUAGAUUACUGAUACACUCGUGGACAAAAUCAAAAAGCCUUAGAUAUUCCUGAUUUACUUUAAAUAUUUUUAAAAUGACUAAGGCUUUAUUUGUAGUUUCUGUAAAGGCACAGUGUGAAUCUUUUAUAUUGAUUUCGUGGAAUAACUAUAAUAAAUAAUAAUUAGAAAAGAGGACUUUGUAAUAAUGUGUGUUAGGGUUUGAUCUAGAUAGAAAAUAAAAACAAUUAAAAAAUAGUAACAUUUAUCUGUUUUUGAAAAAAAAAUAGGAAAUAAUUCAACAUAAUGUAUGUAAACUUAAAAUAAUAACAAAAAUUUUGUAUUUAUAAUUCAGUUAAAUUUUAAUCCAAAUAGAUUUCAUUGGAAAAAAUAUUUGUAUUAUUUUAAUUUGAAAUGUUUGGCUAACUUGAAUAAAACAACAGCGUUGUGUAAAACCUUUGUUAAUGUUUAUAUAGUAUAAGAUGCUAUAAUCGAGUCUGUUUUAGUAAAAAAAAAAGUAUGACAUUUGCCCAUAUUAAUGUAGAUACUUAGUUAGUAAUUUUUUACAUUUUAUUUUUGUACCCUUAGUUGUAAGGAUAAUUUAUAUUAUUGUCAAUUAAUGUUUAUUAAUUGAGAGUAGCGGGGAGCCUAGCUGCUACAAUGGAGUUAUUGAAAUAAA